AUGGCCGUUGUGGCAUUUAGAGUAUUACAAUGGCCCUUCCGCCACAGGCAUAUUUUGUUAUGUGCAACCUACAACAUAGUGGAUCAGUAUCUGCUAUACACCACUGAUUGUAGUGACGUUCAGAGCUCGAACGGAAUGAUGACACCUCAACGGCUUUCGUCCCUUGAAAUCAAAGUUGUCAACAGCAAGAAUGCGAAAGGUUCUGAGGAAGGCAAAGGGCGGGGAUUCGUCGAACUUGAGGCUGGCAUUGUAGCGGCGUGCAUGAUAAUGAACGCUACUGAAUAUACCCUUGCAUCUCUCCUUUGCUGGCCUCGAUGUCGUAUUCAGCUUCUCCCCGAAUACUUCCUGAUGCCAGCCUGGCCUCUGUAUAUCAUUCACAUAUGCCCGCGAAAUGAUCGUAGCACCUACGAGAAGGAACUAAAAGGCACAAUAUCGAUAUCAACGCCAUCAUCUGAAAUGUCUCGAGCCCUGCUGAAGAGAUCUACGUCUGCUUCUCGAAAUCAUCGUAUUCGAGUCGAGCUCACGUUCUAUAUCACCUACUCCGAUAGGAGCCGGUGGAGUAAUUCCAAAAUGAACGAGGCACGCUCGUACCUGAUCAAUGCCAGGCAUGGACAAGCUCAAGCCCGAUGUCGUCUUGAGAUGGCCAUGGUGACAAUAGCAGUUUGUGAUGGAUUUGACGUGGUCUCUGAAUUGGGUGAAAGUCUAGGAAAAUUUUGGCUCAAAAUGGUGGGAGAGGCGGUUUGGACCUGGAGAAAUAACGCUGUUCCCUUUGAACUCACCGCUGCAAUCUCAGUUCGGCAUGGCCACCCGCCUCCAAUGAAAGCGCAAAACAAGCUAUUGUUGUGUCUUCUGGCUGCACUUCCAUAUCUGCAGGAGGAGAUCACUUGUAUUCUCCAUCUUCCCACCUCCAUCCUUCAUCUCUCGAUUUCAGCCUGCCGUCUAAUUGCGGAGCAAACCAUGGUGGUGGCACAUCAAAUCGAAACGUCUCUCUUGAUUCUGAGAACGAUUCUGUUGUACCUUGACUGGGUUCUGUCGCUACUCGGCAAGUACCAGGAAAUGAGGGUCCCGAACUCUCACACCCAACCUACGUCGCACAAAAAGAAGAAAUUGAUGAGCGUGGAUGAAAUGUCACAUACCUGGUUCGGAGUUCUGACAUGGUCCGGAUGGACAAAUUCGUGUCAGCGACCCUUCCAAGAAAUAGAUUCCGCUGUACGUACCCUACGAAUUCGUCGAACUGAGUCUAUUGACCCCUAG